GUUUGGCAUAGGUAGUUGGAGUAUAUAUGGCUCUUAUACACCCUACAUCACUGGGCCACCUCUAUAUUCCCUCUGCUGCUCCUUCAAUACCAACACGGCAUGGAGACAGGGCACGUGGAUUGGCAAGCCUAACAAUUGGACAAUCUCGCGGCCUGAGGAGGUGGGAGCGUGCCUGAUCUACUCGUAGUGCUGGGAUGAUCAUCGUCGUCCUCUUUCGACUGGCAUGGCUGCAAGGCUUCCUGUUGGACGCUGCAUCAAUCAAGCUUCUUUCCGCCCCGGACCGGCUUCGUCGGCCUCCUCCCAUUGGCUCCACCCUCCGCAGCAUCGACUUUUCUGUCCACGGCCAGUUCGAUGCUCAACUUCCCACUCCGACUUGCGCAUCGACAUCAUCAAUUCCUGCCGUCAUAUGAUACAUGCAGGUCCUGGCAUAUAAGCGACGUCCUUUCCUCCUGCUCAAGUCUUCGUUUUUAGCCGCUGAACCUUGAUACUCCGCGGUUUUUGUCUCAAACGCGUCCCUGUCCGAGCUAUCCAGGAUGGCCUCCUCACUCUUUCUACUCGCCCUUUCGUUGGGUCUGCGAGCCAAUGCUGCAGCUCUGCCCCCUUCCGCACAGGCAACGGGCCUCGACAUCAGCGACACACUUCAAAACAUUCUGGCCAACACGCAAAAGAGCGAUGGCUACACAUAUCCCACGGAUCUGACCAGAGGCAUCGUACCGAAACCAAUCCACUCGCAUAACGACUACUGGCGCGACGUUCCCUUCUAUUCCGCACUGUCCGUAGGUUGCGCCUCCGUCGAGGCUGAUGUCUGGCUCUACAACGACACCCUCUACGUCGGCCACGAGGAAUCUGCCCUGACGCCUGCCCGGACCCUCGACGCGCUCUACGUCCAACCCAUCCUGGAUACCCUGCAGCGGCAAAACCCGGCAUCUCCCUUCGUCACCUCGCCCACGAAAAACGGCGUCUUCGACACUGCAUCAGGUCAAACCCUCCUUCUGUUCAUCGACGUCAAGACCGACGGCCCGACCACGUGGCCCGCCGUGGUCAGCGCCCUCGAACCCCUUCGCACCCCGGGCUACCUCACCACCUUCAACGGCACGGCCGUCACCAGCGGCCCCGUCACCGUCAUCGGCACGGGCAACACGCCGCUGGACCAGAUCCAACCCCUCCACCAACGCGACUACUUCUUCGACGCCCACCUGGACUUGCUCAACUCGACCGAGUCCAACAUCACCGCCGCCGUCUCCCCCGUGGCGUCGACGGACUUCAACGCGCAGUUCGGCCCCAUCAACGGCACCGCCUUCAAUUCCACCCAGAUGGAGACGCUGAUCAGCCAGAUCGAGGUCGCCAAGUCAAGGGGGAUCCUCCCGCGGUAUUGGGAUACCCCGGGCUGGCCGAUCAGCACGCGGAAUGCGGUGUGGACGAUCUUGCUCGAGCAGGGCGUCGGACUGCUAAACGCGGACGAUUUGCCUGCUGCCGCCGGGUUUGGGGCUUACUAUGGCAUGUGGUGAAAUUCAGGCACGGGAGUGAAGGGCAAGUCUGGAGAAAUCCGGCCAUGGGAGGUAAUAAUGACCCGAUGAAGGGGCGGGUCUUUCUUAGAUUAGAACCAAAAAGCAAUACACUUGUACAGCUCCUUAUAUAUUUCCCCCCCUCACGUGAAAGGCUUAUUGAAAUGCACAUUCUCAAACCCGUCCUAUAGGGGGAGAUGAUCUACAA